UGGUAUAAAUAGUUCGAGCGGUUGCUUCAAAAAUCAUUCAGUUCUGACUGUUCAGUGAGUUCACAACGGAAACAAAAAAAACAAAUACAGAAAUUAAAAUGGCAUUCAAAUUCAUCACAUUCGCUGUAUUGAUUGCAGUUGCAAACGCUGGUUUAUUGCCCGCUCCAGGUGCUUACGCUGUUCAACAACCAACCGCAUACGCUGUCCAACAACCAGCAGCAUACGCUGUCCAACAACCAACAGCAUACGCCGUCCAACAACCUGCAGCCAUUGUUCAACAACGUGUAAUUCAACCAGCUCCCGUUUUGCAACAAGUCGCAACUCCAGUUCUUACCAAGAGUGUUGAUGAAUACGAUCCAAAUCCACAAUAUAGCUUCGCUUAUGAUGUCCAAGAUAGUUUAACUGGUGACUCAAAAAGCCAACAAGAAUCACGCUCGGGAGAUGUAGUACAAGGCCAAUACUCACUCAUCGAUUCAGAUGGUUAUCGUCGUGUUGUUGAUUACUCAGCUGAUCCCGUUAAUGGAUUCAACGCAGUUGUCAGUCGUGAACCACUCACCAAAGCCGUCGCCGUUGCUCCCGUUGCUAAAGUUGUUGCUCCAGUUCAACAAGUCUACACACAACAGCCAGCUGUCAUUGCCGCCAAAGCCGUUUUACCACAAGUUUCCUAUGCCAACUAUGCCGCUGCUCCAGUCGCUUAUGCUUCGCAGCCAGUCGUCUCAAAGGUCGUUCAACAAGCCCCAGUCGCCUAUGCGAGCCAACAAGUUAUUGCUCAACCUCAGUUGAUUGCACAACCACAAUACUUGGCCAAAGCCCAUUACUAAGUUAACCAAUUUCUAAGGAAUCCCCAACAAAUAUCCACCGAAUCGGCCGAAUCCCCAAGACAAACCAACCAACCAACAAAUACACACAUAUACAAAAUGACAUUUUAAGUCUAAGAGACAGAGAAGCGAGAACAUGAACGAAUUUUUUCCGUUCUGAAAUGGACUGAAUGAAUGUUGAUUGAAUGUUUUUUGUUUUGCAUUACCAUAAUUUUUUUUUUGUGAAAUUA